GAAUCUGAUGUUUUUUUCAAGAUUUUGUCUGUCCAUUUUAAUAUUGUUACACGGCAGUGGUAAAUCGUUUGAUCCAUCACGACAUUGAAAUAAAUAGAAAAUAGCUAUACGAUAAUUAUGAUUUAUAAGCUUGCGUUUGAAAGAACAGACACGUUGCCCGUAUUGUGACAUGUUUUCGCGAGUAAAGCGUCCGUGCUCUCUGACUUGAGUCUUUUGAGAUAAAAGAAGUGAAACGCCAUCGCUUUAGAUGUGUGUAUUAAGUUACUUUUCCGCAAAAGCUUCCAAUGUAUUAACUGCACCAAGAAUGUUUACCACGCAAGUCCAAUAGACCAGUUGACAUCAUGCACAUCUGCAAAGUUAAGAUUCCACCCACUGAUAUAACUUCAAGAAGGCCAUGACUUAACUUGCACUGAGUCAUGAGUGGUCAAAAGAAUAUUGGGCGUAAAAGACUUGGUGGAAUUGUCAUCCAGCGAACACAUAGCCUGGUUCCUCCAGAGAAACGCCCAUGCCAGAUCACCAACAGCAAUGUGCAGACAGAUGUUAAACUUGCCAAGGUGGGGUUAACUCAUCAACCAGACCUGUAUUUUAGUUCCUCCUUUUGUGACCUUGAAAAUGACCCCAACCUGGUAUCAGCCCUGGACAAGAUUGAGCAGAACUAUAAGACUGCCAUACCAGCGCCUCAGGGGGCAGCAUUGGUUACAUCAGAAAAUAAACAGGGAAAUAUUGCUGUCUCUAAAGCCUGUACAGGUGGUAAAACAGAAUCAAAACAAGUCCACGGCAAUCCAAAUACUGGCAGCAUCCAUACAUCUGUGCUUACAAAAUCAGUGCAAAGUAACUCCAAGGGUGUUAAACAGACAGCAGUUUCUGGUCUUAAUGGACGGCAAAGCAUUCAAGGUAAUAAUGUACACAAAAUAGAUGAUAUAGGAAAACAAAUUGAGAAGAAUGUAGUAACGCAAUUUAGUACCAAAGUGGAUAUUAAGUCUAACACUAAUUUAAAGCAAACAAACCAUACAAAGCAAUGUGUACAAAGUGACAAAACUGCCAGGAUAGUAGCUACUACUCCAGUCACUCGAAAGACUGCAUCCAUGUCUAGAGUUUCUGACCAUCAGCCCUCCUUCCAUGAUCUUUCUUUCGCCAGCCCUGUCGAUAUAUCUACGCCUCAGAUAUUCAGAAAUAAUCAAAGUACUACAAAAGAAAAUAAGGACAGUCCAACUGAUGCAAAAAAGGCAAAAACCAAAAACUUAUCUGACUCUAAGAAGCCUCGAAAUGAGAGAGCAGCAGAGUCUGCCCCACUGUCCACUCCCAGAAGGAGUCAGCGAAACAGCAGCAAGAACAACAGAAAGCAGAUCCUAAAUACUGUAACAUCUCCAGAAACAGCUGUGAGUGCAGACAGAGACACAUCAGGAGAUAAAAGUGACUUCUUUAAGUCUUUGUGCGUUGACAAUGAAAGCAUUGACGAGUCAAAAUUGGAGAGAAAGAAAGCUGAAAAGUCACCAAAAUCAGAAAAUCUCCGACAUGGCUCAGACAUAGGCCAACAAGAGCACCAAACAUUGGAAAGUUCAAGUCUUGCAGACGAUGAGAGAAGUCUAUUUCCUAGAAAAAGGCUGGGUUUGAACCAAGCUGCCACCUCCACCAUCAUGCCUGUUGUAGACCAGGACAGCCUGGCCCUGUCAUCCUGGGGCCUCCCGGCGGUGGUGUUGAACCAGUACGCAGCCCGAGGCAUCACACACAUGUUCCAAUGGCAGGCUGAGUGUCUCAUGCUUGGAAACGUACUCAGUGGGGGUAACCUUGUGUACUCGGCCCCUACCAGUGCUGGCAAGACGAUGGUGGCAGAGUUGCUGGUGCUUAAGAGAGUCCUGGAGACACGGAGGAAGGCUGUCAUCAUCCUGCCCUUUGUGUCGGUCACACGAGAGAAAAUGUUCUACCUACAGGAGCUGUUCCAAGAUGCAGGUGUGAGAGUGGGUGGGUUCAUGGGCCACUACUCACCGCCCGGGGGCUUCAGUGGGACAGACAUUGCAGUCUGCACCAUUGAGAAAGGCAACAGCCUCAUCAACAGGCUUCUAGAGGACAACAAACUGGACACCAUUGGUAUCAUAGUCGUUGAUGAGCUCCAUCUGAUUGGCGACCGUAGCCGUGGAUACCUGCUGGAGCUUCUCCUGACCAAGGUCACCUACAUGUGUAGUCGACGGCAACAGGGACCAGACGGUACAGUUACACCCCCUUCCAUCCAGAUAGUGGGCAUGAGUGCCACUCUUCCAAACCUUGACCUUCUGGCACGCUGGCUGCACGCCGACCUCUACCGCACGGACUUCCGCCCAGUUCCCCUCGCAGAGUGCGUCAAGAUCGGGAACCAGGUGUUUGACUCAGAGAUGAAACCGCUGCGUGAAGUUGACGUGAAGUACGCUGUCAAGGGAGAUGAGGACCAUGUUGUUCCACUGUGCAUAGAGACAAUGAGGGGAGGUCACUCCAUCCUGAUAUUCUGUCCCACCAAGAACUGGUGUGAGAGCCUUGCUGAGCAGGUUGCCAGGGAACUCUACAGGUUGCUAAGGGACCCGUCACUAGCAGUGCACAAGCAACCAGAGGAAGGGGCCAGUGAUGUGCUGGUGCUGCCUCUAGACCCCAGGACCCUGCUGGACACCCUCGAGCAGCUGAGGAGGACCCCUGUAGGACUUGACUCUGUCCUGGCCCGCACUGUACAGUACGGUGUAGCCUACCACCAUGCAGGUCUUACGUUUGACGAGCGAGACAUCAUAGAGGGGGCGUUCCGUCAGGGCAUACUGAAGGUGCUGGUUGCUACCUCCACCCUGUCGUCAGGGGUCAACUUGCCUGCGCGCAGGGUCCUCAUACGCACCCCGGUCUUCCACGGUGGUCAAAUGAUCGAUUUCCUCACUUACAAGCAGAUGAUUGGGCGAGCUGGCAGAAAAGGGGUCGACACAGCAGGGGAGAGCAUUCUGCUAUGUAAGGCUGCAGACAGACCCAAGGCCGAGGCCCUCGUGAGGGGGGCCCUACCACCUGUACACAGCACGCUGGUCAGGAAUGAAGGAGAAUCACUAAGUUCCAGCAUGAAGCGAGCCAUCCUGGAGGUGGUGGUGAGUGGGGUGGCAGGCUGCCCCCGGGACGUGGAGACCUACGCCUCCUGUACCCUGCUGGCCUCCUCCAUGGCGGGGCAGGGGACAAGCCUGUGCGGGGAGUGGCCAGGCCAGGGCGGGACUGGAAACAUGAUCCAGGAGAGCAUACAGUUCCUACUGGACAACGAGUUUGUCUGCAUGCAGAAGAUAGCUGACAAGAGUGGGGAGGUAACCCAGCGGUUUGUGCCGACCCAGCUGGGAUGUGCAGUUCUCUCCUCCUCCAUAUCCCCUGAUGAGGGCCUCGUGGUGUUCUCGGAGCUUCAGCGGGCCAGGCAAUGCUUCGUGUUGGAGAAUGAGCUGCAUAUUAUCUACCAGGUGACCCCAAUCUACGCCCAGAUAGACACCAUAGACUGGCUGCAGUACUUCAGUAUCUGGGAGAGCCUCUCAGCGGGCAUGAAACGGGUUGCCGAGCUAGUGGGGAUCACGGAAGCCUUCCUGGCCAAGGCCAUUAGGGGCCGGAUCCCUAACAAGACUUACGAGCAGUUGAAGACGCUGGCGAUACACAAGCGGUUCUACACGUGCUUAGUGCUCCAUGACCUGGUACAGGAGAUGCCCCUGGGUGCUGUGUGCAGCAAGUAUGGCUGUAACAAGGGCCAGCUACAGAGUCUGCAGCAGUCCGCUGCUACAUUUGCAGGCAUGGUGACGGUGUUCUGUGCACGGCUGGGCUGGUCCAAUAUGGAACUCAUCCUGUCCCAGUUCCAGAGCCGUCUAACGUUUGGCGUGCAGCGUGAACUCUGUGACCUUGUUCGUAUGUCGUCCCUCAACGGUCAGCGGGCUCGUGUUCUCUACAAUGGAGGGUACCAGACUGUGGCCGCACUGGCCGGGGCACUGCCAGAAGAUGUAGAGGCCAUACUGGGAAACUCUGCGCCAUUUGAAAGCAAGAAGAAGCAGGCUACAGAGACAGACUGGGAGGCAGAGCAGAGACGCAAGGCACACUGCAUCUUCCUUACUGGACGGAAAGGCGUGACAUGUCACGAGGCUGCAGUGAUCAUAAUCAACGAGGCCAAACAGAUGAUACAAGAGGAGCUGGGAGGGGUGGGUGUGACCUGGGGUCAGCAACUUGGCAAGUCCCCUACAGUUAAGACACCUGUACUGAUGAGCCCUCUAGCAGGUAACAGUAAGCGGUCAGGACACAAAGGUAAAGCUUCAUCAUCUGGGAAGACAAAACUUUCUGAAAGCUGCAACAACGCCAACAGUUUUAUGACCAACGUUAUUUCUGCACCAGUUUUAAGAGUAAGCUCAGACACGAAUGUCUGUUCUAGUGUCCUUUCUGCAGAAACUGCUCGUACGAGUGGUAAAACUAAUCAAGAUGAAAACACCGCAAGAAAGGCACCCAGUCAAAAUGAUCGUAAUGAAUGUUCAAAAACUGUCCUUAAUGGUACAGAAGGAUCUGUAACUAAUCUAAAAGAUCAGGUAAAAAGCAAUUCAAACAAGCAAAAUGUUGAAAUUACUUCAAAUACAAAGACUAUAUCUGUUGAUGAUCUUGUAACGAUUGCAAAUAAUUCCAACUCAAAAACAAUAAAUAUCUCUAGAGGUAUGAAUGUUAAUAAUGUCAAUGAUGCAAAUGGAUGUCUCGAAAGCAACCUGCUAAGGUCACAAUUAGGUGAUGCAAAGAAGAAUGAUUGUGCUGUUGCUGAGCAGUGCAAGGGUGACAUUGUGUCAGAGUGCAAGGGUGACAUUGUGUCAGAGAAUAUUGAAACUGAUACAAACACUGACGAAGAUUUCAGCUUCAGUACUGCUCUUGAUAACUUGACAAAUGAUCACAAUGGAAGGCAGAUAAACAGUGAUGAAAACUGCCAUCUAGUCAGUGAAAAUGCACAAAAAGAUAUUGAAUGUGUGAACAGUAAAGACCUGAUUUCUGAUGAUAAUGAUAAAAUACAAUUAGAUGGAGUUUUGAAAAUACCAGCCCCAAAUCAUUCAGUUAAAUCAGUUGUUACACACAAUUAUACAAAUAAAUCAGGGAACAUUAAUCCCAAUCUUUCAAAUGAUGAUGUUGACCAUGACUUUGCUGAUAGUUUCGCCAUUACUACCCAAAUGUUAAAUUCGUGUGAAAAUGUGCAUAUCCAGACCUCUAAUAAAUCUGGGUCUUUAGUAAGCAAAACUGAAAAUGACAAAAGAGUGGCUGCGGGCCAACAAUCAGAGGCACUGUUCUCUGAAGUAAUCCCUGAUGACAGUUUUAAUGCUGUAGAAAUUGACAAUAUUGACAACAACAAAAUGGUCUUGGAUCAGUCGAGUAAUACAAAUAAUCUGGAAAAUGUCCAUAGUUUACUUGAAGUUUCCAAUAAUGACCUGGAAAUGAAUAUAUCCCACAAUUCUACAGAAGACAUGUUCAAUGACUCAGCAGGUUUGAUUGCUGCCAGCAAUUAUGAGCGGGUGGGGCUUGAUAACAAUCAGUCGAACUUGGAUAAUGAGGAAAUGAUGACAUCCUUCAAUGAUCUUCAUAUACCUUACCAAAGUGGGCAAGAGAGAUGUUUUGAACAAGGUGACAAAGAAGCUGUUGGCGAGAAAAAUAAAACAGUUAUAUGUGCACCUUUGCAAGAGGUUAAAAGUGAUAAAUCAAAACCUUCUCACAAAAGAAAUAACCCUUUAGGUCAAACUGCAGUCGGUGUACUAGGUCAGUUCUCCAGUCAGAAGCCAGUAGGGCCUUUACAAGGGCAGGAAAUAUUGCAUGAAGACCUGGCUAUGGCCCUGGCCAUGGGGGAGUCUUUCUCCUCAACAUUUGAUAUUACCACCCAUGACACACAGACUGGGGCAAAUGUUGAAGCAGCUGUACAAGAACAACACGAUCAGCUGGGGGACUCCUUUACAGUGUCCAUGAUGGAUUAUGUUGUGGCCAAUAAUGAGGAAAUCCCAUACAAGAAUGUGUUCAAAAAUGAGAAAAUCCCAUCCAAGAAUGUGGCCAAUAAUGAGGAAAUAACAUACAAGAAUUUAGGCAAGGCUGCUGAUACAAAAAUGGCUCGUACUUCAGUAGGUAGGCCCCAGGUUGGUCUGAAAGUUACAGAUGAUGCUGUUUGUUCACCUCAAGGUAUAGAUAGUGAGAAAUUUGUGACUCCAACUAACCGGCCCAAAAAGCGUAGGAGUGUUAGCUCUACCAAGAGUUCAAGACUUCCUAAACAACAGAAAUUAGACGACAGUGAUCUAGAAAUUUCACCCAGCUCUGUAUCUGUAAGUAACCUACCCAAAAGACUCCAUACACUUAAGAAAGUCACUCAGGUAAUCUCAAGCAAACCUGACUCAAAAUCAAGAAGAGUUCUGGAUUCUACUAAACCUGUAAAGUUAAAUAAAGAAGAACAAAAUCAGCCAUUGACAGCUCUCAGUUCCCCUAAAAGAGACACUAAUGGUUCUCUGAACACCAGCACAGAGGGUGACUAUGUUCCCCCCACACCCCCAGAAGACACACCACCCACUGCCAUGGAGACUAGAGGCACGCCCACCAAGCCUGAAGUACCAAGGCCCCUCCCUGCCAGUCCUUUUAGUCCCAGAUUGCGGAGAAACGCUCCUCGGUCGGCAAAGACAACAGCAAAUGUUCAUCAGAGUGAUAACCUUAAACAUAUUGAGAAGAAUGGGAAACUUUUCCAAGAACCUGAUGAGAAAUGCUCAUCUAAAGGUGAAAUAUCAAACUGUAUAUUGGAAAAGGGAAAGAACAAAAAAUCUUCAAAAAAUAAUAAUAGUGUAAAUGUCACAUCUGUACCCAAAGAAGUCUCAUUACCUUCUGAUGAUCAAAAGCAUUCAAAGUGUUCAGCUAUUCCUAACAAAAAUCUUCAUGAAGGACAAAUAACUUCAAAAAGUGAGGACGAAAAUAACAUAGAAGAUGGUGAGGAUGAUUGUAAUAUUGACGAUGAUGAAAAGAUGUCUCCGUCUUUCAUUGACCCCAACAUGUCAGGUCUGCCUCUUACCCAGCAGUCGUUCACGAUAAUCGACGUGUGCGGGGACAAGAGGCUGUUCAAGACAUUCAUCAUGGAAUGGAGGACCAAGCACAGAUAUGCCGUGUCCUUGGCCUGUGAGACUCUAAAGAGGGAUAACACAGGACCAAGCAUUGGGGCUAACUUCAGGAAAGACAAGUCUCCCAGCAGGGUGGAGGGAGGGGAUGCAUGUGGUAUCCCCCUGGAGGGGGAGGGUCUGUGUAUAGUGGGCGUGGCAGUGUCCUGGGACAACAGGGACGCUUACUACAUCUCCCUGUCCCACCAACAGCUGCAGCAGGUUGACCCUGAUGACAGUUUGGCCCCUCCCCCCUCUGACCGGGACAUCAGUAUUGCCAUACGGGUGAAAGCUAUCAAGUCUGUCCUUCAACAGGCAGUAUGCCAGUCACAGCCCGUCACCAUCAUGAUGUUUGACGUUAAAACUCAGUACAGGGCCCUGGUAGAGGGGUGUGGUUUCAGUCCCAGGGGUCAGUUUGCGGACCCCAAGGUGGCAUGCUGGCUGCUGGACCCCGGGGGGCGGGAAAAGAACCUGCACCGCAUGGUCACCAACUUCCUGCCCACAGAGGUGCACAUGAUACAUGGUAUAGGUGGAGGUAUAGGCCUGGGCAGCCUGGGUAUGAGCCCACAGAACCCAGGCUCCGGGCGUUACCGGGCUACCACGGAGGCAGUGCUAGUACGCCACCUGGUGCAGUACUUCAACGCCUGCCUUGACAGGGAGGGGCUGUUGUCUGCGUUUAGGGACGUUGAGAUGCCUGCAGCAGUAACACUGUGUAGGAUGGAACUGAACGGCUUUGGGUUCAGUGAGACAGAGAGUGAGAGACAGAAGUGUGUGAUGCUGUCUAAGUUGUCUGCCCUUGAGGAGCAGGCGUACACCAUCGCUGGUCACCCCUUCUCCCUCUCCGCUCCAGACGAUGUCAGUCAGGUGCUUUUCAUAGAGUUACGCCUGCCCCCUAAUGGUGACCCCAGCUCUGUCCAGAAGCCCCUGGGUCCCCCUGGCAGGAGGGGCGGGGGUGGGGCCUGCAGGACCCAGUACAGCACGUCCAAGGAGGUCCUGGAGAGGCUGCGCAAGCUACACCCCCUGCCUGGCGUGAUCCUGGAGUGGAGGAGGAUCACCAACGCACUCACUAAAACUGUGUUUCCUUUGCAGAGGGUCAAGGUGCCAUGUGAUUGGCUGCACAUGGAUCGUAUCUAUGGUGACUGUCAGCUGCACUCAGCCACGGGCAGGGUGAGCUUGAGUGAGCCCAACCUACAGAAUGUGCCCAAGGACUUCGACAUCCAGCUGCCAGCUAGGCCUUGCUCUGAUUUGAUAGGAGAGAGUCCCCCGCCCUGUGUUUCUGCCGGGCCCAGGGAGCGACAGUCCAGAUUGAGGUCACUUAGGGAUCAAGGUCAGAGGUCAGCAGUUACCAAGGACAACAGUGGAGGCACAUUCUCUGUUAGCAUGAGACACGCUUUUGUACCAUUCAAAGAUGGUGUCCUCCUGGCGGCCGACUACUCCCAGCUGGAGCUGCGUAUGAUAGCGUACCUGUCACAUGACAAGAGGUUGAUCAGCGUACUCAAUGAAGACGGGGAUGUGUUCAAGCUGAUCACGGCACAGUGGAAGAACAUCACACCUGCUGAUGUCACACCUGAACAGAGGGCGCAGGCUAAACAGGUGUGCUAUGGUAUGAUAUACGGUAUCGGCCCUAAGGCCCUUGGAGAGCAGAUGGGGGUGGAGGAGAAUGAUGCAGGAGUCUUCAUUGAAACUUUCAAAGCUAAAUACCCAGAAAUGCGCGCCUACCUCCGUAAGACCGUAGACCAGUGCCGCAGACAGGGCUAUGUUCAGACCAUGACCGGGCGCAAGCGAUACCUGCCGGCCAUCACCAGUCCCAACCCUCAUGCCCGCGCCCAGGCUGAGAGGCAGGCUGUGAACACGACAGUGCAGGGAUCAGCAGCCGACCUUGUCAAGAGGGCCAUGGUCAGCAUAGAUAAGAGUCUGGAAGAGAUGUUCCCGAACACUCUGUACACCCAUAGACAUAAAUUAGCUAGUAAGCACCCUGCCCGUGGCAAGGUCCCACCGGACGGAGCCUACCUGGUGUUACAGCUUCAUGACGAGCUUAUAUACGAGGUGACCUCUGCCCAUGUGCAGGCCGUGGCCCAGGUGGUCAAACACUGCAUGGAGCACGCCGUGGAGCUGCCUGUGAGGAUGCCGGUCAAGCUGCAGACUGGGCCCAGCUGGGGGACACUGCAGGAACUUGAUGUGUGAAUAGGAUUGUAGCUUGGGGACACUGAAGGAACUUGAUUUGUGAAUGGGAUUGUAGCUGGGGGACACUGCAGGAACUUGGUGUGCGAAUAGGAUUGUAACUGGAGGACACUGCAUAAACUUGAUUUGUGAAUGGGAUUGUAGCUUGGGGACACUUAAGGAACUUGAUUUGUGAAUGGGAUUGUAGCUGCGGGACACUGCAGGAAUUCGUUGUGUGAAUGGGAUUGUAGCUGGGGGACACUGAAGGAACUUGAUGUGUGAAUAGGAUUGUAGCUGAGGGGACACUGCAGGAACUUGAUGUGUGAAUAUGAUUGUAGCUGUGGGACACUACUAGAACUUGGUGUGUGAAUAGGAUUGUAACGGAGGGACUUUGCAGUAACUUGAUGUGUGAAUAGGAUUGUAGCUGAGGGACUUUGCAGGAACUUGAUGUGUGAAUAGGAUUGUAGCGGAGGGACUUUGCAGGAACUUGAUGUGUGAAUAGGAUUGUAGCUGAGGGACUUUGCAGGAACUUGAUGUGUGAAUAGGAUUGUAGCUGAGGGACUUUGCAGGAACUUGAUGUGUGAAUAGGAUUGUAGCGGAGGGACUUUGCAGGAACUUGAUGUGUGAAUAGGAUAGUAGCGGAGGGACUUUGCAGGAACUUGAUGUGUGAAUAGGAUUGUAGCAGAGGGACUUUGCAGGAACUUGGUGUGUGAAUAGGAUUGUAGCUGAGGGACUUUGCAGGAACUUGGUGUGUGAAUAGGAUUGUAGCAGAGGGACUUUGCAGGAACUUGAUGUGUGAAUAGGAUUGUAGCUGAGGGACUUUGCAGGAACUUGAUGUGUGAAUAGGAUUGUAGCGGAGGGACUUUGCAGGAACUUGAUGUGUGAAUAGGAUUGUAGCAGAGGGACUUUGCAGGAACUUGAUGUGUGAAUAGGAUGGACGCUUUCUGGGAAAACUGUUCUUAAUGCAUGUUUGUAAAGUGUCCUCUCAGAUAAGACUGUGUGGACUGCACAGGCUAAUCAGAGACAAAACCUUUCGCCAUAACUGGACUUAAACAAAUAAGAGAUUUCCUUUAAAAGAAAAAUACCAUCAAAGCGGAAAUUGCCCAAUAUGACUUGUGCAUUAUUAGGUGUUUUAAAAAUUAAUGUGUUGUUCUUAUAAUUGUUUAAAUUGUUAUCAUGUACUAUACUAUACAGGUCAUAAACAUGUUUAUGUCCAUGCAAUUUUUUUUAUAUUACAAAUAACACUUACUCAUAGUUGUUUUCUUUAUAAAGGAUUUUAUGUGACAGCAAACAUUUAAUUUCGCACGUUUAGUUUCACACACUUUAUCCUUGUUUCAACAAUUUUGAAUAUGAAUUAUGUCUUUCACUAUUAUUGUUACACUUAUCAUAUUGUUUACACAUUUAUUUUCAUUUUAGAAACAGUACAAUUAUAUAUUAACCCUUACAAUGUGGGAACCGAAUUUUGAAGGCCUUUGCAAACAGUUUGGAUCCAGAUGAGACGCCACAGAACGUGGCGUCUCAUCUGGAUCCAAACUGUUUGCUAUUCUGAUAGUAAUUUUUGAAAAUUUUUCAAAGAAAUGCUAAUUGUAGAAAUUCAGCAGACGACAUUUUAGCAGACGAUAAAUUUCCCAGCAUGCAAAGGGUUAAUUCUAUGUGCAAUAUUUAUUUCAGUCCUAAACUUUUAAUCAAAUCACGUGUCUGAUGUUGAAAUUUCAUGUUUCUGUACUCUUGAUCUGUUUGUUUUGUCUAUAAUUUAUAUACAUAUGUAUGGUACAUAGUGCAUUGUGCAAACUUUUGUAUCAGCUAUGUUCCAGUCAUGUUUAUGCGGUAUCAUGAUAAUUUUGAUUUGUUGCUGUAUUUACUUUAUUUGAUGAACUGAGUAAACGUCUACAAACGAA